AUGAAGAAAUACAGACUACGCCACGUCCCCCAACACGAUCAUGACAUACGUCGGGUUGGUAUAACCGGUAGUGCUGGCUGCAUUGGGACGGUUUUACGAGAGAUGUUACCAAAUUACGACGGCCGCUUAGAGUACGUACACUUCACCAUGACAGAUAACGAUAUUGAUGGAUCUAUCGGCGUUGACCUUAGCCAACCCGAUCAAGUAAAGGAGAAAUUCAAAGGAUUGGACUGCGUGGUACAUCUGGCUGCUGUCAGCAAUGCAAGUGCAUCAUGGGAAGAUGUAGUGAAACAUAACGUACAUGCAACCUACAAUGUGUUACAAGAGUGUGUCCAUAGCAACGUGAAAAAAAUAAUAUUUGCCAGCAGUAACCAUGUCAUGAACGGGCACGUUAUUGGUGAUUACAGUAUUCCGGAGAGCAUUAACUCAAACGCAGCAGAAAAGAAAUUUACAGAAACAGACAUGACACUGGCGGAUUCCUUAUACGGUGUUAGCAAGAUUACUGGAGAAGAGCUUUGCAAACACUUCGCAGCUCGUUAUGGUCUUGAAGUGAUCUGCUUCCGUAUUGGUUGGGUUCGUUUUGAUGACGAUCCAUCGACACUGCGGGAUAUGCCCCAGAGUGAUUAUAUUCGCGUGGUAUAUUUAAGUCAAAUAGAUUGCUCUGGAGCUUUCUAUAAAGCUAUUAUUACAAAACCAGAAAAGAAAUUCACUUCUUUGAAUCUGCUCUCAGACAACACAAAAGGCGUGUACAACUUGGACGCAAUACAACAAGUUCUUGGCUUAAAGCUUAAGGGGAAUUCUGAGAAUUUUUAUUGA